AUGUCGGAAAACGCCGGCAAUCUGAGGAAGGCACGUGGAUACGUAAAGGCGAAGCUCACAAGGUUAAGAACGCAGACAUUGCAAAUUGUCGAAGAGAAAGGCGAGCUUGACAAGGAGCAAGCCGAGUCAAGGUUGGAAAAGCUAGAGGAGAUUUAUCGAGGCUUUGAGGCUAUCCAAACGCAAUUGCUUGAGCAGGUGAACGAUCUCAGCGAAGACGACACCGCCGAGGAAGAGGUAUUUGAACAGAAAUACUUCGAGGUAAAAUCUGUAUUAAAACGAUUUAUGAGAGUGCCAUCGGAAGGCAUCGAGUCAAGCGGUACAAUCGUUCAAUUGUUACGACAGCAAUCCGAGCUGAUACAACGUAUCGGGAGCGGGGCGCACAGCGAUGUGUCGGCCAUUACACCAAGUGCAGAAAACGAGGCAAUCGCGGCCAUUCUUGCACGCCAAACAGAAAUUCUCGAUCGCGUAGCCAUUACAGCAAAUUCGCAUAAUGUCGACAAUAGGGUUAAGCUCCCUACGAUAAAACUUCCGCGAUUCGACGGUAAAAUCGAGGAGUGGAAGUUCUUUUUUGACAAUUUUCGUUCCAUUAUACACGAUAAACCACAUUUGUCGGACAUUGAAAAAUUUCAAUAUUUAACGUCGUCUAUUUCCGGUGAAGCCGCGAAAAUCAUCGAAUCGAUUGAGUUAAGUGGUCAAAACUAUAGGACCGUGUGGGACUUAUUGCAACAGCGAUAUGACGAUCCCAGGUCACUCAAAAAGAAGCACAUUCAAUGCUUAUUUACCAUGCCCACGGUAACGAAGGAGUCCUCGAGGGCACUUCGUGAAUUAAUAGACUAUGUUUCCAGGCAUUUGCGAGUACUAAAGGUUCUAGGUUCCCCUACAGAAGCUUGGGACGAGCUUGUCUUACACAUGAUAGAAACAAAGGUUGACGUCAAAACUCUUCGUGCUUGGGAGGAAAAGAUAAAAUCUAGCGAGAAUCCUAGUCUGGCGGACAUGUUGGAAUUUCUCAGAGGAAAAUGCCAAACGCUAGAGCGGAUUGAGUCAAGGACGGUUGAUAAAAUUGAAAAGCCUAGCAAGGAAGGUGAGCAUCGAAACAAGGGAUUUGUAACGACAGGUACGAAAUCGCAAUCUUAUAACAAAAGCGAGUCAAUUAAGAAAACAACGUUAUCAGCCUCAUUAGGCUCCGGUAAGUGCUAUUUUUGCAAUGAUGAGAAUCACUUUAUCUAUUACUGUGACAAGUUUCUAGCAUUAUCGGUACCCGAUCGCAUCAAUGAAGUCAAACGAUUGAGACUUUGCAUAAAUUGUCUUAGGAAUGAUCACUUUGUUAAAAAUUGUAAAAUGGGUCCUUGUCGAGAGUGCACGCAAAGGCACAAUACGUUAUGUCACUUAGCGCAAGAAGGUAAAGCGUCUAUAGAUAAACCAAUCAACUCGCAAUCUCAAGAUGAAGCAAACAAGGAAAAAUCGGUAAAUAGCAUGUCGGUGCAUCAUGCUUCAAAUAAUUCACAAAGACGUCACGUGCUUAUGGCCACCGCUGUCGUUGAAGCUAUUCGGCGUGAUGGUUCCGUAGUUCAAUUGCGUGUACUUCUAGAUAGCGCGAGCGAGGUCAAUUUCGUGACGAGAGAUAUACACAAUAAGCUAGGGUUGAAACGACACAGAGUAUCGGAAAUCGUUUCCGGUUUGAACGAUACAGAAAACAAAAUUUACAAUUCGUGCGAUGUGCACAUUAAGUCAAAGCAUUCUAGUUUCGAAACGAACGCUCAAUGUUUUAUCGUGCCAAAGAUUGCUAAAUGUUUGCCAUCCAUGAGGAUAGAGUUUGAGCAGUCGAAAAUUCCGAAUGACAUUAAUUUAGCUGAUUCUGAAUUUUACAAACCUGGUCCAAUAGACAUGUUGCUAGGAGCGGAAUUUUACUAUGAUUUGCUAGAAACGGGUAAAAUUUAUCUUGGCGGAAAUCGGUUGAUUUUGCAAAAUACCAAAUUUGGUUGGGUAAUCGCUGGUUCCAUGCAGCCUAUCGCGUUAAAAGAUCAAUUCCGCAAGCAAGAAUCAUUAUGUGCGAUGAUUUGUUCCUUAAGGUCUGAAGAUUCAUUGAGCAAGGACCUGGAAAGAUUUUGGAAACUGGAAAGCUAUGACGAUAAUAAGAGAGGAGACCUAUCCUUUGACGAAACGGAGUGUGAGCGACAUUUUGAGCAAAAUACCACACGAGCGGAUGACGGUAGAUUCAUUGUAAGGUUACCGUUUCGCAAGACAAAUAAACUUAUCGGCAAUAACAAGGAAAUAGCAUUGAGACGAUUGUAUCAACUUGAGCGCAGGUUCAAGGGCAAUAACGCUUUUUAUGCUCGAUAUGCAAGGUUCAUGUCCGAAUAUAUCGAAUUAGGGCAUAUGUCGAUCGCAAGCGAACCUCUAGAUAAUUGCAAAAACGUGGUUUAUCUCCCUCACCAUGGCGUGCUAAAGGAGAGCAGCACUAGUACUAAACUACGUGUCGUGUUCGACGCAUCGUCUAAAAAUAAUAAGGGCACGUCAUUGAAUGAUGCUCUUUUGGUCGGGCCCACAUUGCAAGAUAAUUUAGUUGACAUUGUUAUUAGAUUUAGAUUUUACGAUAUAGCGAUAACUGCCGAUCUGCAAAAAAUGUACCGCCAAGUGUCGGUACACAGUGACGAUCGUAAUUUUCAACGCAUUCUAUGGAGGUUCUCAAACAACGAUCCCGUAAAAGAGUAUCAAUUAAAUACGGUUACUUAUGGUCAAGCGUGUGCGUCCUAUCUAGCUAUACGAUGUUUGAGGCUACUCGCUACUGAAGGGUCAGAGCGUUAUCCAUUGGCGGCUCGAGCGUUAUUAAAUGAUACGUACGUGGACGAUAUAAUUACCGGUGCAAACACGAUCGAGGACGCACAAAUUUUGCAAAAGCAGUUAGUCAAUUUGUUGUCCGAGGGCAAAUUUGAAGCCCAUAAAUGGUGUUCAAAUUCUAAUUUUGCAUUGGAGAAUGUUCCAGUAGAAUUGCGAGAGUCCAGCGCAAACUUAGAUAUAGAGGCAAAUGAUAUUAUCAGAACAUUAGGUCUCGAGUGGAAUCCUAGCUCGGACGAGUUUCGAUUCACGGCUCAAAAAACGUCAGGUGCGUCCACGAAGCGUGAAAUUUUGUCGGCGAUAAGUAAGCUAUUCGAUCCUUUAGGAUUAAUCGGUCCAGUCCUGACAAGCGCAAAGAUUCUGAUGCAAAGUUUAUGGAAAACUAAAUUAGAUUGGGAUGAUCCUCUCCCAGAAACGGUUUUAAUUAAAUGGCGAGAGUUUCAAGCGAGUUUGAUUGACGUGAAUGUAUUGCGUAUACCACGAUUAGUUAUUAACUCUUCGGGAAACAGCCGAGUUUCAAUAUGUGGAUUUUGUGAUGCAUCCGAAAAUGCAUACGGUGCAUGUCUUUAUAUAAGAUCUAUUAAUUGUCAUUCUAUUGAGGUAUCUGUCAAUUUAUUAUGUUCAAAGGCGAGAGUUGCUCCCCUGAAAAGGCAAUCAAUCCCUAGGUUGGAAUUGUGCAGCGCAGUAUUAUUGGCAAGAUUAAUUAACAAUGUAAAACGAACGUUAACUGUGCCUAUUGAGGAAAUACGUGCUUGGUCGGACUCGAUGGUGGUCCUAUACUGGAUAGGCGGAGAUUCGAAUCGAUGGAAGCCUUUCGUAGGUAAUCGAGUGUCUGAAAUCACUGACAUUCUGCCUGCUGAACAUUGGAGACACGUGAAGGGUUCUGAGAAUCCCGCGGAUUUAAUAUCCAGAGGAGCUACACCUGCACAACUACUAGAUAAUUCGCUGUGGUGGCACGGUCCCAAAUGGUUAUGCGAUCCACAUCACUCCACUAUUGAUGAUGAACGGUGCCAGAUUAACGACGAUGAUCUUGCUUUCGCCAAGAUGGAGUACAAAAAAGACGCUCAAAUUUGCAAUUUGAAUUUGCAUUCAAUUUCGAACGAUAUCACACACAAGAUUGUCGAGGAUUGUUCCACAUUAACAAAAAUUGUACGAUCGUUAGCCUAUUGCUUCAGGUUCAUUUCGAAUUGUCGCAAGAGUCCGGACGACAGAACUCUAACCAAAUUGUCUAUGUUGGAAUUGACAGAAGCUCAUCAGGCAGUGAUUAAGUAUUCGCAAAAUCUUCACUUCAAGGAGGAUGUAAUACAAUUGCAAACUCAUAAGCAGUUAUGCCGAACUAGCCAGUUGCAGCAACUGCACGCUUUCCUGGAUGAAAACGGUAUCCUUAGGGUGGGCGGUCGCCUUCGUGAGGCACCCUGGAACUUCACGAGAAAGCACCCUAUACUAUUACCUGCCAAAUGCAAGAUAACUCGGUUGAUUAUCGAAAGGGAACAUCGUGCUCUAUUACAUGCAGGGCCACAGCUGUUGCUCUCUUCAAUACGUAGACAAUACUGGCCAUUGAACGCCAGGAACUUGAUUCGUCAAAUUUGCCGUGCUUGUGUAUGGUGCGUCAAAAACAAUCCAAAGGGAUUAAUUCAAUCAAUGGGAUCACUGCCAGCCGAUAGAAUCCAACCUUCCAGAGCAUUUUCUGUCUCAGGAGUGGACUUUGCAGGUCCAAUCGUCACGCUCGUUAAUAAAGGACGUGGCAGGAAAACGUGUAAAUCGUACGUAGCCUUGUUUGUCUGCUUUGCAACCAAGGCUGUCCAUUUGGAAGCCGUCAGCGAACUAUCUACGGCUGCAUUUCUAGCCACUCUACGAAGAUUCGUGGGACGCAGAGGGUUGCCGCGCAAGAUUUGCAGUGAUAACGCUACGAACUUCGUGGGAGCAAGCCGUGAACUUGAAGAGCUUUAUUCAUUUGUUCGUACCUCUAUCGAUGGUGCCGUAGGUGACACCUUGCAAGAAAUGAAUAUCGAAUGGAGCUUCAUCCCUCCAUAUUCUCCCCAUCUGGGAGACAUAUGGGAAGCGGGAAUAAAAUCCUGCAAAUUUCAUUUAAAACGAGUAAUGGGUAAUACUCUAUUUACAUUUGAGGAGUUGACAACGGCGUUGGUCCAAAUUGAAGCCUGCCUAAACUCCAGGCCCUUGUCGCCUUUGUCGUCGGAUCCUUCGGAUCUACAACCUUUGACCGCAGGUCAUUUUCUAAUAGGCGGACCUUUAACGAGCCUACCGGAGGUGGACUUAUCGGACAUCAAACUUAAUAGACUUGAUCACUGGGAGUCAAUACAAAGAGCCGUUCAAGGAUUCUGGCAGCGGUGGGCGGCGGAAUAUGUAGCCAACCUACAAAGUCGCACCAAAUGGAAGAAGACUAAGGAGAAUCUCAAGGUCAAUGAUCUUGUAUUGCUGCAGGAGGAUAAUCUUCCCCCUCUGAAAUGGAAGAUUGGUCAUGUGAUUGAAUCGCACGCUGGCAAAGAUGGUCUAGUGCGAGUGGUCACCGUUCGUACGACUAAUGGUAUCGUCAAGCGAGCCAUCACUAAGUUGUGCAAAUUGCCUGUAGAUUGA